AUGUCGAGCGGAGAGGUACUCAAGGCGGACAAGGACUUCUCCAAGGAGGCCGAUGUCGCUAUUCCGGAAGCCGAGAAGCUGGGCGCAAGCAACCCACAAGCUGGUAUCGACCAGCUGCUUACUCUAGAGAAGAAGACCCGCCAGGCCUCAGAUCUCGCAUCGACAUCCCGAGUCAUCAUCGCCAUCGUCACAAUAGCAAAGAAGGCCAAUGACUGGAAUUUGAUGAACGAGCAGGUGUUGCUCCUCUCCAAGAAGCAUGGACAGCUGAAGCAGGCCACCACCAAGAUGGUGCAGACGGUCAUGGGCUUUCUGGAUGAUACGCCAAAUCUCGAGACAAAGCUAUCAGUCAUCGAGACGCUGCGCACAGUAACCGAGGGCAAGAUCUUCGUCGAAGUCGAGCGCGCUCGCAUCACCCGCAUACUCUCAAACAUCAAGAAGGAGCAAGGCGACAUCAAUGCGGCCACCGAUAUCCUCUGCGAGCUCCAGGUCGAGACCUUCGGCUCCAUGACCCGCCGAGAGAAGACCGAGUUCAUCCUGCAGCAAGUGGCGUUAUGCAUAGAGAAGGGUGACUGGACACAGGCGGGCAUUUUGAGCAGGAAGAUCGGCACAAAAUACUUCGCGCGUAGGCCCAAGAAGACCCCGGAGCAGCUCGAGAAAGACCAGAAAGAGCGGGAAGAGAAGGAGAAGACCCGGAGUGUCGACGACCCGCCUAUCGAGCCGGAAGAUGACGUGACGGAUCUGAAACUCAGGUACUACGAGCAGCAGAUCACCUUGGCCAAGCACGACAGCAAGUACCUCGACGUAUGCAAGCACUACCGACAAGUUCUGGAUACCGAGGCGGUUGAGGAGGACCCGAAGAAGCUACGCGCUAUCCUUCAGCGCGUCGUCUACUUCAUCAUCCUCGCACCAUACGACAACGAGCAGUCUGACCUCAUCCACCGUAUCCAGCGCGAUUCACGCAACUCGCAGAUUCCACAAGACGCACAACUGGUGAAGCUCUUCACCGUGCCAGAGCUGAUGCGAUGGCCCAUGGUAGCCAAGCAGUUUGGCCCACACUUGACCGAGACCGAUGUCUUUGAUGCCGAGAAGGACGACUCGGACGACGACAAGGCACACCAGAGGUGGCAGGACCUGCGGAAGCGUGUCAUCGAGCACAAUGUACGCGUUGUCGCCAAGUACUACACACGUAUCCAGAUCCCGCGCCUCACCGAGUUGCUGGAUCUUACCGAGGAUGAGACGGAGAAGAACAUCAGUGAGCUCGUUAGCGCAAAGACCAUCUACGCGAAGAUCGACAGGCCAGCGCGUGUUGUCACCUUCUCGAAGCCCAGAGAUGCGGACGAUGUCCUCAACGAGUGGAGCGGCAACAUGAAGAGCUUGCUAGGUCUGCUUGAGCGCGUCGACCAUCUCAUCACCAAGGAGGAGAUGAUGGCGCGCAUCCAGCCCACCAAGGUCGACAAGAGCAAGGCGGCGAAGGGCAAGGCGAAAUGAGGAAUACGAAAGUGUGAUGACUGAAGACGAUCAUGAUUAGUCUAGAAUUGGAGGCCUCUCUAUACUUGGCCCCGCGCGUGUCCUGGCACUGCGCAUGUAAUAUAGACGUCCA